AGAGUACUUACCUGUUUGGAGCUUUGCUAUCACAGAUUUCAGUCAUUUGUCGUUAGUCGGAGGAUGAAGAUACCUGUUCUGAGGUGCGCGAAUUACAAAACAUCUCCCUUUGCUUCGUUCUAAGAGGUACUGCGCUGCCGUGUCUUCCGGUGUCGUGUGUGAUAUGUGAUAGAUGAGCAAGUGUGAAACACAGAGGGAAAACUCGGAAUCCCAGAUCUAAAAUCUUGAGCGGCAGUCGUUUUGUUCUGGUCGUGCUCAACAAAACGGUUACGAGUUGAGCGCGCGCGGGUUUCAUCCUGUUUCACGGUGAUACACCUGUUGAUGUAACUGAAUCAAUAAAUCACAAUGCACGGAGGAUUCGAUCCCGACAAGAACGACUCAGCAUCGUUGCGAGACAAGGUGCUGCUAUCAAAGAGUGAGAAAUGGCGUAUUCUGAAGAACAUCACGACGGUGUCGUUUGCGUUCAUGGUCCAGUUCACCGCCUUCCAGGGAACAGCUAACCUGCAGUCGUCGAUCAACGCCAAGGAUGGCCUCGGAACGGUAUCGCUGAGUGCAAUCUACGCGGCCCUGGUCGUGUCCUGUAUCUUCCUGCCCACUCUGGUGAUCCGAAAGCUAACCGUCAAAUGGACUCUCUGUGUGAGCAUGCUGUGCUAUGCGCCCUACAUUGCUGCCCAGUUUUACCCGACGUUCUACACGUUGGUUCCGGCGGGAAUUCUGGUCGGUUUGGGUGCCGCUCCCAUGUGGGCCAGUAAGGCCACCUACUUGACCCAGCUGGGGCAGGUGUACGCGAAGAUCACCGAACAGUCGGUGGAGGCCAUCAUCGUGCGCUUCUUCGGGUUCUUCUUCCUGGCUUGGCAGACGGCCGAGCUGUGGGGAAAUCUAAUCUCCAGUUUGGUUCUAUCUAGCGGUGCCCACGGAGGCAGCAGCGUACAUGAUGAAAAUGACACCUUCACGGACUCGGCGCUGGACAAGUGCGGUGCGAACUUUUGUGUGGUUGAAACUGACGACAAUGCCAACCUCCAACGUCCACCAGAUUCGGAGAUCUUCGAAAUUUCCGCGAUCUACUUGUCCUGUAUUGUCGCGGCUGUGAUCAUCAUUGCCCUGUUCAUGGACCCACUGUCUCGCUAUGGUGAAAAACGACGAGGGUCGAUCUCGGCCGUUGAAGUUUCCGGCGUGCAACUGCUGACCGCCACCUUCAAACAGCUGAAGAAGGUCAACCAACAGCUGCUGAUUCCGAUCACGGUCUUCAUCGGUAUGGAGCAAGCCUUCAUCGGAGCCGAGUUCACUCAGGCGUACGUGUCCUGUGCCCUGGGAAUCCACCAGAUUGGAUACGUAAUGAUCUGCUUCGGCGUGGUGAACGCCAUCUGCUCGAUCAUCUUUGGCUCGAUCAUGAAGUACAUUGGCCGCGUGACGAUCAUCAUUCUUGGUGGUCUCGUUCACGGAGGAGUGAUUAUUUACUGUUUGUUCUGGAAACCCCACCCGGAUCAUCCGCUGGUGUUCUUCGCCAUUGCUGGACUUUGGGGAGUCGGAGAUGCGGUUUGGCAGACUCAGAUCAACGGUAUCUACGGUGCGCUGUUCCGGCGAAACAAGGAGGCGGCGUUCUCGAACUACCGGCUUUGGGAGUCCGCAGGUUUUGUGAUUGCGUACGCGUACUCUACCCAGUUGUGCGCUCGCAUGAAGCUGUACAUUCUGUUUGCUGUGUUGGUGCUCGGCUUUGUCGGUUACGCCAUCGUGGAAAUCAGGCAAAUGGCCAAGGAGCGACGGUUGAAGAAGCUGGACGAAACGCCCAAGCAGCAGCAAACCGAGGCAGAGCGCAAGGAAGCCGAGGAGGAUGACGAAAAGGACGAACUGGAGGAGGACAUUGUCGUUACCCAUUUGUAGUGUGUGAAAAAAUGAGAGAGGGACGUGCAACGUAAUGUUUCUAUAGAAGCAUUGUUAAAAAUGAUUCCUAUUUAGCGUUUAAUGUUGAUUGAUUGUUUAAGGUUUGCGUUGCAUCUGCAGUUUUCAGAAUUUUUGCGCUGCAUAAAGUUGAGGCAUUGUCUGGUUGACUUGACUUAAUGAGUUAAUUGGUUUUAGCGAGAAACAUUAGCAGAAAAAAACCCAUAAGUCAAUCGGGUAAUGUUUUAGCUAGAUUUUAGUUACAACAUAGAUUAGGACAGAACUAGGAGAUUUACUGCACAUUUUGUCAUGCACCUCUAGUGUAAAUAUCAUUAAAUGCUUAACAGAAUAGCAGUUUGGUUUAUCCUUCAUUACUUCAGUUAACAUCCUUCCUCAUGCAGUAGUAUAACGGUCCCCUUCAAGCAAGACACGUGUGCAGCAGCAAUUGAAGCAUGUUGAUUAUUAUUCAAACAGGAACUUCUAAAUCAAUAGGGUGGUAACUAGAUCUCAUCUCAGCAGCAGCAACUUCACUUUCUUAGAGCUUUCUUACAAAGUGCAUUAUUAUUCAUGCAUCCUGAUGGAAUUUUAAACUCGCAAGACCAGAAUACCAACGAUGUUAUUAAUAACAAAUAUUUAAAUAGAAUCCUUCUGUACCCAA